UCAAAGUCGAAGUUGACGAGCACGCUGUACUAUAUAACCUGGGGGGAGCAACUGCAUUUGCAAUAUUCAACAAACAUCAACCCCGAGGACUCCCAACAACAACCAAUCAUGGCUACCGAAGAAACUGUACAGCUCGGUGAAGCUCAUGCACCCAAGCAGGCAUCUCUUGAUGCCUUCGACUCCAUCCUUACCUCUCUCAAGCAAGAGCUUGCUAAGCUCCGCCACGACCACGACAAACACGAGCCAGAGUACUUUCGCGCGGUGAAAGAUGUCUCCGAUUCCGACCUUGUUUCCUUCUCCUCCUCUGACCUUGAAUCUGUCCGUGUCGCAAAUUCAGCAUACGGACUCCACCUUUUUGGAAAAGUCAAAAUCCCUACAUUGAACAACGCAUAUAUACACGUGCGCAUCUUUGGUUCAGCGAAAGAGGGUACGGAUGGCAGCAGCCUGGAUGAGCGAGAGUACAAACUACACAGCAUCCAUACCGAGGAGGUUGUAAAGGAUGAUGGAGACCAUGUAUUCCGCGCGAUUUUUAGCAAAGACGAUGAGCUGGAGUGGUUCGAUACAUGAUUUGAUACCCCGAUAGAAUGACGAGAGCUGGAACUGUCUACAUGUUCUAAAGCUGUGUGGUGUAAAAACCGUGUAUUGCCUUUGAGCUGUAGCUGCUGGCCUAAAUAAUGAAUGCAUGACAUUUCGGGAGCCCUUCCCCGUUUAUGCAAAUCUCUCCCAUAAAUGCGAUU